AUGCUAACAGGACGACAUGACGCUGCAUCAAGUAGCUCUCCAAUCACACCGACAGAGGGUGCGUACAUCAGAUCAAUACARGACUCCAACUACAGGGAAGCGCUGCUCAAGAAUGCGAGAGACUUGGAGCAMCAGACAAGAGCCAAGGUUGAGGCGCUCAUCAAGGAUCACGAGCGACCACUGCUCCCGGCACCGGCACUACUCCCACAACUCAUGGAGCCGCCCCAGCUUGAGGARAUCGACGAGGGUGUGGCGAGACUGCCCCGCGAGGAGGUUGAGGGAGUGGCAGUGAACGACGAGGCGCCUGAGCACAACAACUACGACCGACUGAUCGAAAGGCAGAACGCAACUCAUGGCCUCGUUGAGCAGACCCAUGCCAGCACUACUUGGACACAGGAUACCCAAUCAAUAACCUCAACUAUGACCUUGGGAAGGACU